AUGUUUCUUGGUUUCCAUGAAUUGCAGAACAAACGUGGUGGGAGGGUUAAAUUACAGUCGAUUGUAGUAAUGCCUCUCACAGAGUUUGAACAUGUUGACAAGGGAGAUGCUCUCUAUGGCAUGGAGUUGGCUCUGUCACUGAAUUCAACAUAUCUUCUGCGAAUUUUUUUAUUUUUUGGUUUAGGAUUUGGAUUUAGCCUAAAUUCUGAAGAUGAAGCGGCUUGA